GGCCUCCUCUUACUGUUAAAGUUGACAUGUUCUUGCUCAGCAUUGGUCCAAUGAUAGAGCAAAAGAAGGAAUUCUACGUUGAAGUGUUUUUUAGACAACGAUGGGAAGAUGAACGUCUUCGUUAUUCCAACGGAACCGCUUUCAAAGUGUUGCCACUGAAUUCAGUAUUGUUAGAAAGUAUAUGGUAUCCGGAUACAUACUUCCACAACGAUCGAAAUUCGAAAGGUCAUGACAUCAUCGUGCCGAACAGACUGGUGAGAAUCUAUCCAGAAGGCAAUGUCUUGUACACUCAAAGAUUGACUGUUCUAACGGAAUGCGUAUUGGAUUUGAAGCGAUACCCUCACGAUACUCAAGUUUGUUCUAUCAGUAUGGGGAGUAAUACGUACUCUGAAUCCGACUUGAUUUUCCAGUGGCUUAUUGAAGACAGUGACAACGCAUCUGUUGAUAUUGAAUCAGGUGACUCCAAGGAUAUCAGAUUGUCUCAGUUUUCGUUGCUCGGAUGGAAGACUAUACGCUCAACCAAGCCAUCAGUCCGCAUUGGUAACCGGACCGUGCUCACCGUAAACUUUGAACUGAAACGUAACAUUGGUUUGUUCAUAAUACAGACGUACGUACCAUGUUCUAUGAUGGUAGUCAUUUCGUGGGUUUCUUUCUGGAUCAACAGAGAGGCUACGCCUGCUAGAGUUUCGUUAGCAAUUUUAACCAUUUUAACAAUUACAACCUUAAGCCUGACAGCGACGUCCUCGCUACCUCAAGUGUCCUACGUGAAAGCGAUUGACGUCUUCAUCUUCGAUUGUUUUUGCUUCGUGUUCGCGGCACUUCUUGAGUUCGCUUUUGUAAGCUAUUUCACUAAACGUAGGGGCGGUACGCUGCCAGAGAUGGACGAUGAAGACGACCACCUGAUACGAUGUGAAGAGGAGUUAGGCUUAACUGGAAUCGGAAAUCAUAGGAAUGGGAAAUGUAAGGGAAUGUCACCAAAAUUCAGAAUGGCGUCGCCAUCCUGGAAAAAGAAGUCCAGGUACUACCAGUGUUGCUACGACGUUCUCAUGUGUUUCGUUGGCAGUAUCCCAUAUCGCCAACAGAGGGCGCGGAAAAUCAAAAUAGGACAAGAUUUUAACAGCGUCAGUAUUAUUGACCAAUGGUCAAGGGUAGUGUUUCCUCUUAUGUUCCUUAUUACAAAUAUUAUUUAUUGGUUAACAUUUGGUGAUUUUUGAUUGGAUGGUAAUUGUAUAUAAUAACGAAAAUUAUUAAUUUAAAUAUAACGGUAUCUUUUUUUUUUAAUUUUUUGUAAUACUGUAUUGCCGUUACCUGAUUUUGUUGUCGAGCGAAUUGAGUACAAUAUAGAUUACAAAAUUACUCGGUCAUAUCGCAAUUUUCUUCCAUUUGUCCGAUCACAGGGGUACUCAAUAUGAUAUUGAUAAAAAUAAAAAGACCUGAAUUGACCUUAGUAUUUGGGUUGGUGGAUUUAAUACCGGUAUCACAUGACACCAUUUCAUAGCAUUUUUGUUUCUAUUUGCGUCACUCUUCACGAAAAUAUGGUUAUGUUAAUAAAGCUUCCCAAACACAAUAUUAUGAAUACAAGAUUGAUUAUUCAAUUUAUAUAUCCAGGCUAUGACUAUUGUGAUCGUAGCUAAGUCGUUGGGGAAUAAUUAUCAAACACUAAUACUGAAAUCUGAUUUAAUGGACAUUUCCGCUAAGCUCCACACCUUGUUUAUUGUUGCUAAGGUCCAACAAAACGACAGUGCGUUUGUGGGACAACCAUGGGGACAACACAUGUGUUUGUGAGACGCGCGCGUGUUCCUGGUGCUGUUAUAAUUGGUCAGUUGUUAAGUUUGAUUGUCUCUUCGGAAAGGUCUAUUAUCAGUGGUCAUGAAUACUAUACUCUGAUACCGUAAAACCUUGCAAGGAAGGCCUGGGUUUCUUUUUGUUUUUGUUUGUUUGUUUGUUGGUUUUUUUUUUGCGAACUUUGGAUGCGCUUCUUUUCUUGGCUACUUUUGCAAAGUAAUG